CCUGCUACCUUUCCUUUCACCAGCUAGAAGAGGAGUCAAUAUGUCUCAACAAUGCACCAAAUCAGCUGGCCACUGGAAGAUCGUGAUCUGGGACCAGGAGGGUUUCCAGGGCCGACGGCAUGAAUUCACAGCUGAGUGCCCCAGUGUUCUGGAGGUUGGCUUUGAGACCGUCCGAUCCAUCAAAGUACAGAGUGGAGCGUGGGUAGGCUUUGAGCACGCUGGGUUCCAAGGGCAGCAGUUUGUCCUGGAGCGAGGCGAGUACCCAAGCUGGGAAGCGUGGAGCGGUAACGUCGCCUACCACGUGGAGAGACUGACCUCUUUCCGUCCUGUGGCUUGUGCGAAUCACCGAGACUCCAGGAUGACCAUCUUUGAGCAGGAAAACUUUCUGGGCAGGAAGGGAGAGCUGAGUGAUGACUACCCCUCCCUGCAAGCCAUGGGCUGGGACAACAAUGAAGUGGGCUCCUUCCGAGUGCACUGUGGGGCCUGGGUUUGUUCCCAGUUCCCAGGCUACCGAGGCUACCAGUACAUUCUGGAAUGUGAUCACCACUCAGGAGACUACAAACACUUUCGGGAGUGGGGGUCCCAUGCUCAAACCUUCCAGAUUCAGUCCAUCCGCAGAAUCCAGCAGUGA